UAACCCUAACCCUCGCCAAAUAUAUAUGCAUCUUCUUAGCCGUAGCGAGAUCUUCACCCAAAAACUCUCUUUCGCCUCAAUCGCCUGUUCUGUUCUGUUAGGCUUACUUGAUCUUCUAUUAUUUGAAGGUUGUGAUUGAAUCUCAGUGCUGCUACAAUGUCUUCCAGUGAGCUUGCUUGUACCUACGCCUCUUUGAUUCUCCACGACGAUGGGAUCGCAAUCACUGCAGAGAAGAUUGCGAUGUUGGUAAAAGCUGCAGGCGUCUCUGUUGAGUCUUACUGGCCUAGCCUUUUUGCAAAGCUUGCAGAGAAGAGGAACAUUGAUGACCUCAUUCUGAAUGCUGGUGCUGCGGGUGGUGGUGGUGGUGCUGCUCCGGUAGCUUUGUCAGCUCCUGCUGGUGGUGCUGCUGCUGCCGCUGCUCCUGCAGUUGAAGAAAAGAAGGAAGAGCCAAAGGAAGAGAGUGAUGACGAUGACUUGGGAUUCAGCUUGUUUGAUUAGGUUGUUCUACCAAUUUGUUUUCUUCUAUUAUGCUAGGCAGGUUAAGACCUGAGUGGCGGCAUCUUUGAUUUUUUGCUCUGUUUUUUGGUAGUUAUCAUUAGAUUGGUGCAAAUUGAAAUGACUAUUAAAUACGGUUAUGAAGUUCUGAUUCAAAUCUAGCGGGAGUUUUAUGAUUUUGUUAAG